CGAAGACUUGUCGUCGAGAUUCAGGGUGACUUCGCGCCGUUUUACUCAACAAUACUCUCAAAUCUACGCUGUACGGCUAAUGGCCACUAGACCUGUAUUGGAACGUGCGGCUAAGAAAAAGUGGGUGUUCUUCAAGACAAAUAUUUCGGUCCAUUACGUGUGCGCAUUCACCACCACAAGACAUGACCUACCGUUCAUUGGACCAGCGAAGUCAAUGUCUGCCAGGGAGAUGCAGGAAAUUCUCAUCUAUGCAGCAGAGUGUGUGAAGGUGCAGCAGCUACUGCCAGGCAUCCAGGACAUGAUUUGGCUUCAGACUCAAUAUCUUGAUCAAUGUUGUGCCACCACACAUAGCUUUGAGCAAGUCCCUUAAUUUGACUACACCAUUAUGACCCUCAUGAAGACACUGCAAUGCCAGAUGCUGAAGCUUCUGUGGAAUGAUCGCUCUCAUUCCCCACAUCAGAAUUUCUCUAUGCAAAGAAAGCUCAUCUCUAUGACGGAAGAAAAGGAGCAAGCUUCGAAUUCUCAUAGGUCAUGGGCCAUCCAUAUUUGACGUAUCCAGCUACUUUUGCCAAAAGUCUUGACGUCUAUUUAAUGGGACCAUAUGUGUGUAUAUGUACGUUAAGACUAAGGUGUUGCUGUAAAGAAUUUGCAAGGUUUACAAUGUAAAAUGUUGAAUGACACCACUAGUUCAAACAGUCUGCUGCAGUAUUGUACUUUAUCGAACAGUUAGAAAGCCUCAACAAGGCGAUGACAUCUUUAUUCAAAAGCUGAUGGACGUGAAGACUGGAUUACGAUGCUGUGUUCUUGGAACUCUUUUCAAAGCCAUGCCCUUGCAACCAAGUAUUCUUAAAGAAAUAAGUGAAGAGCAAGGUCUGAAUCCAUUACCAGCACAGGCAAGAUUGACCUCAGAUGAAGAUUGUUUAAUAUUGGAGGAUGAAUCACAACGUAUUGCACUGACUGGGGUUAUUCCCGUGUCAAAGUCUGUGACAGGUGCUGUUAUUGCUCUUGUAGGGCAAGAGCUGAGCAGUGGCAGGUUUGAAGUAGAAGAUUACACAUACUGUGGAAUCCCACCUCAAGAUAUAAUAUCUCUUGACUCUUGUUUACAGCAAGGAGAAGACAGAUUUGUUCUGCUGGUUUCUGGUCUUGGUGUGGGAAGAUCAAGUAGAGAUCCAUUACCUCUACAACUACUUAUUGACACUGUCAGCGGCCAGCUUGGUGGACCAUUUGUACAAGAAAUGUGUUCCAAGAUCGUAAGAGUUAUUGUAGCAGGAAAUGCUUUAUCUGAAGAAACUAAGGUAGACAAGAAAGAGAGAGGAUCUAAGCUUUUGACAAGGAAAGUUGAUGCAAUUAGUUGUGAAGCAGUAAAGGAGCUAGACGAACUGCUUACCCAACUUGCAAGCUGUGUUCCAGUUGAUGUUAUGCCUGGAGCCAAUGACCCUGCAAAUUACUUGCUUCCACAACAGCCUUUUUCUUCAUGUAUGUUUCCAGAGACUGCACAGUACUCAACUAUGCACUUAGCUACCAACCCAUUUCACUCGGUUAUUGGUGGAGUGAGUUUUUUGGGAACAUCAGGCCAGUCAAUUUCUGACAUUUAUCAGUUCAGUAAUACUGAAAAUCGAUUAGACAUCUUAGAGCAUACAUUGGUAUGCAAUCAUUUGGCACCUACUGCCCCUGAUACAUUGGGGUGUGUUCCAUAUUUUAAGGAAGACCCCUUUGUUAUAAAGAACUGUCCAAAUGUCUUCUAUGCUGGAAACCAACCAUUGUUUCAAUCAAGAUUUGUUAUUGGUGAUGAAGGACAACAGACUUUGCUCAUUUUAAUUCCUGACUUUUGCAAAACAUCAACAUGUGUGUUGGUGAAUUUACGAACUUUAGAAUGUCAGCCAAUGUCAUUUGGUAGUGAACUGACGGGCAUUGAAGAAGAAUGCUUGCAAGUGAAAAUCGAUGGAGCUGAAACCAUGGAUAAGAGUUGAAGUCUAAGGAUAGAGGUGUGCUUCUGAGUGUAAACGGAAUAUUACAAAAAUAAACUUACCACUGAAACUGAUCACAGAUGCAUUAACGUUUCAUGCCCCUUAUGCCAUGUAUAUAUGGUAAUUAAUUAUAUCUAUGAAUAUAUUCUGUAGAGGUAAUGUGACCUGUGUAUAUUUGAAUAAAGAACAAUUCUAGUUUGCAGUAUUGAUUUAACCCACUCUAGUGUCUAUGAU